ACAGAGGUCCCACUCCUUUCGCGGUGCCGCUUGGUGCUUGCGAACCAAACCGUCAUAAUAAUAAACAUUCAGUCGCAACACUAGCCAAAAAUCGGCCGCGUCUUUCGCUAAGUGGCCGGCGUUACUUUUGGAAAAAGCAGCAGGCUGAAAAGACAGAUCAAUAAUGAGGGUUCGCGGAUUGGUGCUGGCGUGUUUCCUUUUGUGCUUAGGAACAGGAGAAGCUGCCCGGAUUCUCGGCUUUUUCCCUGUUCCUGGAAAGAGCCACAUGAUCGUGUUCUCCGCGUUGACACGUGCCUUGGCUGAGAGAGGACAUGAGCUAGUAAUCGUCAGCACUUUUCCCCUAAAAGACCCACCAGCGAAUUAUACGGACAUCAACUUGUGGGACAGUUUGAAAGAAAUUUACUAUAAAAUCGUGAACGUGAAUUUGUAUGAUUUUGCUGAUGAGUCGGUCAUCGCGGUUCCGAUAAUGUACUGGAUACAAGCCAGAACUGUCAUGAAUAUCGCCUUAAAUGAGCCGGAAGUACAAAAACUUCUUAAAGACGAGAGAGGGUUUGAUCUCGUUAUAGCAGAGGAUUUUUUGAGCGAGUCAACUUUUGCUUUGAGCCAUCACUUCAAGGCACCUCUCGUCUUGAUUUCCUCCAUGGGAGGAUUUCAAUGGACGAAUUACGCAGUGGGCAAUCCUGCUUCCACCUCUUACGUUACCAACAGUAUGCUACCCUAUACUGCAAAAAUGACUUUUUGGGAGAGGCUAGUCAACACGGCUUUCAACCUGUACUGGGACAUUGGAAGCGAAUUGUUUUACUUCCCUUUCCAAGAAAGUAUAAAAAGAGACGUAUUUGGACCUGAUGUGCCUCACGUCAAGGAUCUGCGUCGCACGGCAAGUUUGGUUUUGACCAAUAACCACUACGCGUUCAACCAACCCCGUCCCCUGGUGCCAAACUUUGUUGAGGUUGGGGGAAUGCACGUCAAACCGCCAAGCAAACCUCUCCCGAAAGAUAUCAAAGAGUGGCUAGAUGGAGGCAAAGAUGGAGUCAUAUAUUUUUCCAUGGGUUCCAACUUGCAAGGAAAUUUAUUCCCAGAGGACAAGAGGAAGGCUUUGGUUCAAGCGUUUGCCGAGUUGCCGCAAAGGAUUUUGUGGAAGUGGGAGUCUGAAUCUAUCCCUGAGCAGCCAAAGAACGUCAAGGUCGCGAGCUGGAUGCCACAGCAGGAAAUAUUAGCCCACCCGAAUAUUAAAGUAUUCAUUACGCACGGCGGAUUGCUAGGAGCUCAGGAAGCUAUGUAUCACGGAGUUCCAUUGAUUGGUAUCCCGAUUUUCGGCGACCAACGAUUAAAUGUCAACAGGGCUGCGAUCAGUGGUUACGCCUUGCGACUUGAUUUGAACAAUAUCACCAAAGAAUCCGUCCUUUGGGCAGUAAAUACUGCUAUUCAUGACAAAAGUAUUUCGAAUGAAGCAAAGAGAAGGUCCAGAAUUUUCCACGACCAACCGGAAAAGCCUUUGGACAGGGCAGUUUUCUGGGUUGAAUAUGUUCUCAGACAUGACGGCGCUAAUCACUUGCGAUCUGCAGCUCUCGAUCUCAAUUGCUUCCAGCUCGCCCUCUUGGACGUUUACGCAGUUCUCUUUGUGAUUGUUGGAAUAUCUGUCAGUAUCCCUGUACUUUUGUUCAAAAAAUUAUGUUGCAAGAAAAAGCAGGUAACUAUUAAAUCAAGCAAUAAAAAGAAGCAAUAGUCUUGACCCAGUUUCAAUAAACAAUCUUAGCACUAAAGUU